AUGGUUCAUAGUACCAUUCUCCGUCAAGCGGUGGGGUACUGGUGCUCCCCAGUGAAAGCCGACGAGAAUGAUAGAUCGAAAAUAGUUGCUAUGACCAUCGCUGCACAUCACUACGCUGCUAGGUGCCUCUAUUCUUCUUCCAACAACAAACAUCUCGUCACAUCUGAGAUUCCCAGUGACUUCGUGAACCAAGGGCUGCCUGGAGAGCCUGCUUCACAGGUUCAGGCUGUUUCUUCUGGCAAGGAGGAAGGUCCUGAUACUCAGUUAGUUGACGCUGAACUUCAGGGUGCCUGUGAUAGUGCACAAAGCAUGGUAUUACUCGGGAAACAUGUGACUUUUGUGGCAUCCGUCGCCGACAAUGCCCCAGCGGGUCUCGAUGCCACGAGUGAUUUUGAGACGACAUAUCUCCAACCCCUAAAGAUUAUCGAUGGUGUCCCUGAGGAGAUCGCAGAUAUACAUCCUUACGCAAAGAUGGCGUUGGGCGUGCUGUCUGCUGCAUCCAAAAUUAUAGUCGCUCAAGCAGAGCGCGACCAAUCGAUCUAUAGUCUUCUCAAGAAAUUGGCCGAAGUUUAUCGCAUCAUGACUCGAGAUGACAAUCCUCGCAAGAUUGAAUCGAUGCGCGGUACCGUUGGUUCAAUCGUUCAGCAGACUUAUGAGUGUGCCCGUUUCAUCAGGGACUACUCGGAAACAAAAAGCUUCUGGAAGAGACUCGGGAAAAACGUUUUGUCGGAAACUAGCGACAUCAUCAAACGGUACUGCGGCACUUUGGACCACCUUAUGCAGCAAUUCCGGGACCAAGUCGAUCGGGACGUGGCCGUCUUCGUCCAACGUACGGGUGAAACACUCGAUCUCAGCGGCAUGAUUUAUGCAGGGGACGCAGGAGUAGUCACUGCGAAGCAAUGUCUGUCAGGCACUCGCACGGACAUUCUCUCCCAAAUCACCAAGUGGAUCAACAACAGCGAAGAUUCUGUUCCGCGUGUAAUGUGGCUAUCCGGCCCUGCAGGCAAGAGCAUAUCAGCCAUCGCGCACACGAUUGCCCACUGGUUCAAGGAAACGGGAGGUCUCUGUUCAUGUUUUUGUUUUGAUCGGCACAGAGAAGGAGAUCGUCGCCAUGAAAAGAUUUUCUCCACCAUCGCGCGCGAUCUCGCUGAUCACGAUCCAGGGAUCAGACGAGCGUUAGCGGAUGCAGUCGAGAAUGCUACCUCGCUCAAGAACACUACAGACAUUAUCCAGCAGUGGCGCGAGCUUCUCAUGGGACCGCUGGAGAAGUUCCCUGCAUCAAGCGUGGGGCCUGUCUUGAUCGUGAUAGAUGCACUGGACGAGAGCGGCGGAAUAGAGACGCGGCAGGACCUUCUCCGCAUACUUUCCGGUAAACUUGAGAACAAGAAGGUUCCCCAAAUCACAGAACUUCCUUCGAACUUUCGGAUUCUUGUCACCUCUCGCCCGCUUCCCGAUAUCGAAAAGGGGUUCGAAGGCGUCGAUCAUAUUUUACGGUUGUCACCUCAUGUUGCGAUUCAGGCCUUCGUAUCUAAGGAGCUGAAAGAGCUAUCAGAAUUUCAGGACACACAUCUUACAGUCCUCACUGCAAAAUCCGACGGACUUUUCGAGUGGGCGCGUCUCGCGUGCACGUACAUCAAGGAACCAUAUUUUGGCCUAUCCCCAAUGGAUUGCUUCAGUACUAUCGUGAACCGCAGUCCUGGGGAGCGGAACAACUUGUUGUAUGAUAUUUAUCGGCUUUUUUUAGAAGAAAUUAUCCCAAGGCAUAAGUAUACAAAAUUUCAGUACCAGCAACUAAUAGCGAGAUUUCGUUCCGUGAUGGGACAGAUAUUUGCCGCAGUCGAACCCCUUCCUCUAGUUUCACUGCAAGCUAUGCGACACCAUUUCCCGGAGGACCACGACCAUUAUGAAGUAGGUGUGGUGAUAAAGCAUAUGGGAGGCCUCUUCAGCGGCACCACCGACCCAUUUACCCCCAUCCGACCCCUUCAUGCAUCUUUCCGCGACUUCCUGACAGACAAAUCAUCCAGCGGAGCCUUUUACGUCGAAGUGUCCAAGGUACAGCGCGACCUUGCAUUUGCGUCGCUACGGGUGAUGGAACAUGGCCUUCGCUUCAACAUCUGUAAUUUGAAGUCAUCUUACCUCCCUAAUUCCCAAGACACGGAGCUGCCUGAACGAGUCAAAACAUACAUUUCCCCACAUUUGUCCUAUUCCUGUCGAUAUUGGGCUACACAUGUUCAGACAACGGAUUUUGACGAUGAGCUCGCGAAGGAAAUAAGAUCACUCUUCGACGACGAGCGACUGAUGUUCUGGAUCGAAGCACUCGGACUUCUCAAUGCAAUCAGCGGUGCAGUUGUGCUCCCACUCGUUGCCAAGUGGCUGAAGAACCAUUCUGGAUACGAAGAUUUGCGGUCCGCCACGAUGGAUGUACAAAGAUUCAUGCAAGUGUUUGGCGGCAUGAUUUUGCGAAGCACACCUCAUCUGUAUGUAUCAGCACUCCCGUUCUCACCCGUCAACUCUACGAUGGCUACCACAUGUACUGCUAAGUUUCCGAAUAGCCUUCGUCUGGCAUCCGGCCGCGAUUUGAACUGGACGGUUGUUCAGGCCAUAAUCAGGGGGCACACUAACACGGUUUUGUCAGUCUCGUUCUCACUGGAUGGUACUCGUAUCGCGUCUGGUUCAUCGGAUAAGACCGUGCGGCUGUGGAAUGCAGCGACGGGACAGCCAUUGUGUGAGCCCUUGAAGGGGCACACUGGCGCGGUUCUGUCAGUCUCAUUCUCACCGGAUGGUACUCGCAUCGCGUCUGGUUCGUUGGAUAAGACUGUGCGGCUGUGGAAUGCAGCGACAGGACAGCCAUUGGGUGAGCCCUUGAAGGGGCACACUAGCUGGGUUUACUCAGUCUCGUUCUCAUCGGAUGGUACGCGCAUUGCGUCUGGUUCAUUGGAUAAGACUGUGCGGCUAUGGAAUGCAGCGACGGGACGGCCAUUGGGUGAGCCCUUCAAGGGGCACACUGGCGCACUUCGGUCGAUCUCGUUCUCACCGGAUGGUACUCGCAUCGCAUCUGGUUCAUUAGAUAAGACCGUGCGGCUGUGGAAUGUAGCGACAGGACAGCCAUUGUGUGAGCCCUUCAAGGGGCACACUGGCGCAGUUCGGUCAGUCUCGUUCUCACUGGAUGGUACUCAUAUCGCGUCUGGUUCGGAGGAUAGGACCGUGCGGCUGUGGAAUGCAGCAACGGGACGGCCAUUGGGUGAGCCCUUGAAGGGGCACACUGGCGCGGUUCUGUCAGUCUCAUUCUCACCGGAUGGUACUCGCAUCGCGUCUGGUUCGGAGGAUAAAACCUUGCGGCUUAUGAAGGUGCUGCCAUCCCCCGCGUCCACAGAGCCGGACCCCUCUGCAUCUCCACUGCAUCGAAGUACCGCAUCUCCCACUCAAGACAGCCGUAUCGCCCCAACCAAUACUUGUAACCAUCCCCCCAUUUCCUUCUCGCCCUGCCUGAAACACGCCCUGCCCAACCCAGCUCACUUGCUCGAACCCACCUCUGAUCAUCAUUCCAAUUCAACCCCUUUCUUGCUGCAGCCCGAUGGAUGGAUCAUGGGACCCAGACAUGAGCUCCUUUUCUGGGUACCUCCCGCUUCCCGACACCUGUUCUAUUCUCCUGACACUGCAAUGGUGAUUCCGAGAGGAGGCGCUGAGCUUGAUUUGAGCUGCAUGGCACAUGGGGCGCGCUGGUCGAGUUGCCGAAACGCCUCCACGUAA